CUAUCCUUCAUUGUGUCGUUUAUUUAUUUAUUCCUUUUUUUUUUACACUUAUUUGCGUGUUUUUCUCACCACAUCUGGCAACACGGAGCCAAGUUACGUCACUGCUGUCUGUGACCAAAAACUGAGUUUUGUGUGCCGCCUGUUGAGUUUGUUGACGUGGAUAAUGGAGUUGAAUACAGUGGGCGAGUUCAGGUCCUACGUAGCAGUGAAAGUUCAAGGGCUGCGGUGCCACAGUACACGACACCGUGAAAUAUGUCAUAUUAUCAGCAUUAGCGUCAGCCGGAGGGCCACACACGGUGGUUCACGUUCAUGUCCUCCUGUUAGCAUCAUGCUAACACAGCUAUCAUGUCCAAAUACUGGUUAUGGACGCACUCUCCAAGCUGUCACACUCAGUGGUUGCACAACACACUGGAAUCAGGCCUUUCCCCACAGAAGAUAGUGUUAAAGAUGAGGAUAUCUACAACCACCUGGUGGAUCUCAUUGAUGAAAACGAGGUGGAGGACGAGGAGGACCUGUACGACUGCGUGUACGACGAUGAAGAUGGAGGCGAUAUCUACGAGGACCUGAUGAAGACAGAGGCCCUCCCUCCUCCGGCGUUUCACAAGGUGGAGACUGACAUCAGAAGCUGCUGUCUCACAGAGAUCAGACAAACUGAGGAGAAAUACACCGAAACCCUGGAGUCAAUAGAAAAGGUACAGUGAUAAAAAAAA